AUGUCUGACGAGGAAGAUUCAUCCCCUGACUGGGCGUUGGCCCCGACCAACAACAUACCAGUCCUAGGUAUAAAGCGUCUGAAGCAGAUCGAGACUAUGUUUAUAUCCCGGCGUCUGCAGGGCCCUCGGCCCCAGGGUUUAAGCGUGGAGACACUCUUGGAUAUGCUGCUAGUAUUAUACGAUGAGUGCUGUAACAGCAGCCUUAGAAGGGAAAAGGCAAUCGCGGACUUCAUACAAUACGUGAAGCCAGUCGCUACAGCUUUGAAGCGUCUUCGUCUGUCUCGAGAUGACUUCGAGCUGGUAAAGGUCAUCGGUAGAGGCGCCUUCGGGGAGGUUUGCGUGGUCAGGGCUAGCUUCAUGCAGGGCAGCGAGCCGGGUGCUAACAGCGCGGCAGCCUCGACCAGCGGCGACCGCGUCUACGCUAUGAAGAUACUCAACAAGUGGGAGAUGCUAAAGCGAGCUGAUACAGCGUGUUUCCAAGAGGAGCGAGACGUGUUGGUGUUCGGCGACAGACGGUGGAUCACUAACCUGCACUACGCCUUCCAGGACGAACACAACCUGUACCUGGUGAUGGAUUACUACUGUGGAGGUGAUCUAUUGACGCUGCUGUCCAAAUUCGAGGAUCGUCUCCCCGAAGACAUGGCGAGGUUCUACUUGGCUGAAAUGGUGCUAGCCGUGCAUAGUGUGCAUGAGCUGAAAUACGUGCAUCGUGACAUCAAACCGGACAAUGUUCUGUUGGACGCGAGUGGUCACAUACGACUUGCGGAUUUUGGAUCCUGUUUGAGACUAGGAGAUGAUGGAAAGGUUCAAAGUAACGUAGCUGUGGGCACACCGGAUUAUAUAUCACCAGAGAUACUGAGAGCUAUGGAAGAUGGUCAAGGUCGAUACGGCCCCGAGUGUGAUUGGUGGUCUUUGGGUGUGUGUAUGUACGAGAUGUUGUUCGGCGAGACUCCAUUCUACGCUGAGUCGUUGGUGGAGACUUACGGCAAGAUCAUGAACCACGCGCGCUGUUUCCACUGCCCGCCGCCCGACGAACUGGCGCCGCAGGUUUCAGAGGAAGCGAAAGAUCUCAUCCGUCGAUUGAUAUGUUCUUCAGAGACUCGUUUGGGAAGAAAUGGCUUACAAGAUUUCAAGAGUCAUCCAUGGUUCGCGGGCUUGGAGUGGGAGAACGUGAGAGAGAUGGCAGCACCGUUCGUACCGGAUGUGUCGAGUCCAACUGAUACAUCCAAUUUUGAUGUGGACGAUACGGAUAUACGGUUAUCGGAAGCAGUCCCCCCUCCCCGUGCGUCAGGCGCCUUCUCCGGCCUACAUUUGCCGUUUGUAGGCUUCACAUUCACUGGAGGAUCCAGAUUGUGCGACCUCGGCCCGCCCACACCUCUCAGUCCAGCGAAAAACGCUACUAAACAGGCACCAUCAAACGCCAGUGACCGUGCAGCGUUAGCAGCCCUUGAACGUGAGAACGCUCUGUUAGCACACACGCUAGCCGACCUACGGGCAGCCGCGGAGCAAGAAGAAUCAUCAGUAUUGAAAGAAGAAAUUGAAGCUCUGAAAAAGAGGAAUGGUGAAUUGGAAUCACAGUUGAAGAGAUUCGAACAAGUUAACGCUUCUAUAGGAACACAGGAGAUCUCAUCAUCACCUCAAGAAUUGACAGCCAGGGUCAAGGAUUUGGAGGUUCUGGUGAAUGCUUUGAACAUAGAGAAGGAAGAAUUAAUCAAAGAUAAGAAUGAUACCAUAGAGAAACUCAUGUUACAGGAUAAGGAAUUGAAAGACGCCGUUAGUCAACGCAAGCUAGCCAUGGCGGAGUACAACGAAGUUACUGACAAGCUGUCUGAGUUGAGGCAACAAAAACAAAAACUAUCAAGACAGGUCCGUGAUAAAGAGGAGGAAUUGGAGGUAGCGAUGUCCAAAAUAGACGCCUUGAGACAGGACAUACGGAGAGCUGAGAAAUCAAGGAGAGAUUUAGAGGCGAGACUGGAUACGGCCUUGAAUGAAGCUGCUAAGGAGAGGAAAGUACGUGAGGAGAGUGUUCGCCUUGCGAGGGUCGAAGAAACAGGAGUAUCACCAGCGCAAGAUGUGGCAAGACUACAAGCGGAUAUAGAGGCGCUAGAGGCUCAAUAUUCGGAGUCCCUGUCCCAACAGCAGGCAAGGUAUGCAGCAGAACUAGCGGCACUCAGGGAACAACUACAUGAGGGAGAUGCACUUAGGAACAGACUUAAUAGGGAGCUUCAAACAUCCAAAGAUAAAUUGGAGAGUCGCAGAAUGGAACAGUUGAACGAUAGUGAGGACAAACAGAUGUUGAUCAAUGAGAACAGAAAACUAGCCAAAGACUUGGACGCUAUGGCUGAGAAUGGUCGUCGGUGGCAGGCUGAGAGGCGAGCUAUGGAGCAUGAGUUGGAAGAACUUAGAUCAAAGAGAGACUCGAUGCAACACUGGGAAACUCAGAUUGCUGAUAUAAUACGAUGGGUAUCUGAUGAGAAAGAGGCUCGAGGCUACUUGCAGGCUCUCGCUACCAAGAUGACAGAUGAGUUAGACUACCUCAAACACGCGAGUGCUCCAAGACCAACCGCAUCCCCCCCCGCCGCGCCGCCGCCCCCCGGAAGUGGCUGGAGAAACAGACGAUCACAGAAACUUGAUAAAAUGGAGAUACUCACGCUACAGUCAUCGCUACACUCUGAAAUACAGGCGAAGCAAGCGGUUGGGGAAGAACUUAGUAGGACCAGGGCGGAACUACUGGCUAGUCAGAGAGAGCUGUUGGAGACCAGACAACGCCUGGACUCGCUGGCUCAUGACAUGAAGCGUAAAGAACAACACAUUAGGGACAUGCAGGCCAAGUUGGACACGCCGCACCAGGGGAACUCCUUUUUGGAUCGCCCGCCAUCACAGAUGAGUUAUUUGGAGCAGUUCCUUAAAGACGCGCCUCAAGAACGACAUUACGACAAUGUGGCUUCUAUGAACAACGAGCAGAAGCUAUUGUACGGGUCCCAGCAAUCCACAGUUUUAUCCGGAUCAGCGGAGUCCCCAGAUGAGUUAGGGCCUCGCCCCGCCUCGCCGGCCUCCUGCAAGAGCUCCCCCAGCGAUAUGUCCACUUACUCGGUGCAAGAACCGCCGGGCGGCAAGCAGAAGGUGCACCAGUUCCUCAUGAGGAGCUUCAGCAGCCCCACCAAGUGUAACCACUGCACCUCACUCAUGAUUGGGUUGACCCGUCAAGGCGUUGUGUGUGAGACGUGCGGGCUUGCAGUACAUACGAGAUGCUGUGGCCGUGUAGCGGCGAGAUGUCCUCUACCGCCGGAGAGGUCACGACGACCGCUGGGCAUUGACCCCGCGCGGGGACAGGGGACGGCUUACGAGGGAUACGUCAAGGUCCCUAAACCCGGCGGGGUCAAGAAAGGUUGGAUGCGUCAAUUCGUGGUGGUGUGCGACUUCAAACUCUUCCUCUACGAUAUAUCACAGGACAGGAACGCCGUCCCGUCUGUAUGUGUGAGCCAAGUUCUCGACAUGCGUGAUCCUGAUUUCAGCGUAACCUCUGUCAAAGAAUCGGACGUUAUACACGCCAGCAAACGAGACAUACCCUGUAUAUUUAGGAUAUCAACAUCUCAGUUAGAGGGUGACCGUCGCUACCACACACUCAUGUUGGCUGAAUCAGAGUCGGAAAAGGCCAAGUGGGUGGUGGCUUUGAGUGAACUACACCGGAUACUCAAGAAAAAUAAUCUGCCUAACAAAUGUGUGUAUGCCGCAGCCCCCCUGGCAGCGGGCGGCGGGUCGUGUUCUCUAGGUGCGGUUCGUGGCGCGUCUUGCGCGGCUCCGCUAGAGGGCGCGCGCCUCGUAUUAGGCGGGGACUUCGGUCUAGCGCUACUAGACUUGGAACGAGCUGAGUUAGUGCCGCGGAGACAACACGCGCCUGUACAUACACUCAGAUAUGUGGCGGAGGAACAACUACUGGUGGUUAUAUCCGGUCGUGGUCGUAACGUCCGCCUAGUGCCAUUAAGAGCUCUCGAAUGUCCGGAAGCGGAAAGCGUGAAGCUAGCUGAGGCAAAAGGAGCCGUGGAUUUGGCUGUGGGGGAAUUACAUACAGGGGUUUACGGAUUCGCUGUUGUGUGCAAGAGACAGAAUUCAUGGGUGGUGAUAGUGUACGAGAUCACCCGCACGGCUGCCCGUCGCUGUCGCGUGUCUGAGCUAAGAGCGCCCGCGCCUGUACUGAGUGUGCAGCUCGUGAGGGGUCGACUUGUGUUGGGGUACCGAGGGGCGAUCGUGGCUCAUACCUUACAUCCGCAUCCGCACCCCGCUGUUUCCUUAGUUCAUCCAGAGAACCAAGUAGGCGUAUUCCUCUCCAAUUCAGGCGCGCGUCCUCUAUGCGCGAGGCCUGCAGGCAGCGAUUGGCUGCUAGUGUUCACUGCCUUAGCGCUGUACGUGGAUCGAGCAGGCCUUAGAGCGAGGGACACAGAACUCAUGUAUACUGCUCAUCCGCAACACUACGCUAUCAACGACACUCAUCUGUUGAUCUUCACGACCUCUCACAUCGACGUGUAUGAGAUCGAGUCCGGUGACUGGGUGCAGACUAUCAAUUUACCUAACGCUCGUCCUCUCGAUGAAUGUGGAUGGAUCGUGUUAGUAUGUGGUGGCGGGCCGUCGGGCGCAUUCCCUUUCAACACUGACUCCGCGCCAUACCUCGUGUACCUCAGACCACUAAUUGGAGGCGGUCCUCUCAACUUGGACCAUUCGUGGUACGGAACCAACAAGAGACGGUUCUCAGUGAGGGAACAAUCACAUCAGGCUAUUGAGGCACAUAAUAGACUUUCCGAGCGUCGCUCGCGCCUCAUCUCAGCCCCCAGUAACUUCGCGCACGUAUCUCAUAUGGGUCCAGGGGACGGCAUCCGCUCGCAGAGACUACUCGACCUGCCCACUACGCUCGAGACGGCCGACACGCACCAGAUGUUCGGUAGUCGUGAGAGCAGUAAGCGGACGUCCCCACUCACUAUAUCACAUCCGACGGGUUCAUACAACGGUUCGUGGCGCACCCGAGCUCCCACAGAGGCUCCGCCAUCUCCGCCUCACAGAAUGGACAGGUCGGUGGGCGGCGGGUCGUGUGGUAGCGGCUCUGCCUUAGAGCGGUGUCUCACGCCUCUCAGUCUGGGCAGUAUGAGCUCGCUACACGACGUGCUUAAGGUGGGGACGGAACCGGAGCCCCAUUCGGAAGACAGCGGCGGCGCUUCGCCCCCCCGACGCGAGCCCUGA